GCGCGUUGCGCGCGCAUAGCAUCUGCCGGACCGACCGAUUAUGGCGGACGGGGAGUGAAGAAUGAUUGUCGUCUUUUUUAAAUCGGAAAGGAUCGACAUUAGCCAAUGGCAUAAACCGGGUUUUUUGUAAAAUCUGUACAUUGUAAAUAGUUCUGUGUACAUAUAGUAAUUAUAUUUGUGCUCGUUUUGUUUAGAAAUUGUGUGAAUAGUGUAUUAUUUUGAGUGUUUAUUCUGUUUAAUCUGGACGCCGACAAAUAGCUAAACCUUGAUGUUAGUAUACUGGCAUACCAAACACAACUUCUAAAUUUGAAAAUCCUGUACAAUUAGUUCCCCUGAAAGCAUCGAUUUCUCUUCUCACCUUUGUGUUUCGAUCCGUCAAGGAGACGGUUGCACUUGCAUUAUUUUGGUUGUCCAUAGCGGCUGUCAUCGUGUUUCAAUAAAUCUAUUUAACUGUCAUUACAAGACAAAAGGACUGCUGUAGUCGCUAAAUUGCUUCGAUGCUGAGAUCUGCUCAUCGUUAAAUAGUUUUCUGAUCAUGUAAAUCGAUUGAGCUAUACGUCUCAGCUCGAUUAGUGUUGAAGUAGUGCUACAAUCUAAACAAAGAAGAUAGUUGAAGAUUUUGUUUGUCGUUGUGAAGUAUCAAAGUGUAGUGAAACUGAAUGCUCGAGCCUCACGGUAGCCCAAUGAAGUGGCCGGGUUCGGGAGCUGAAGAAGAGGCGGGCGAAGCUGGGUUGCAAAGCGCUCGCGCCUCACAGACUCGCGCUCAGGACGAUGCCGCCGUUCAUUACGUAUUCCAACGAGAAUCCCAAGAAGCUGAAUUGCCUUCUCUAACUCCUAAACAACGUUGGGCGGUCGGUGAUGAUACAAUUGUAGAGAAUCAAGAUAAAUGGAAGAAUCCUACUCCAAUGAAUAUGAAUAAUAUGCAACAAGGUGCAGUGCAACUGAAAAAUUCCCAGACUAAUCAGCAACAGUUCAUAAAUCAAGCUAUUGCUUCCUCAGUGGGAACCUUGGCGAUAAACCCUUCGGUUAUUGGAAAUCAUCAGGCUCAUUUGGCUACAAAUAUGGUUCAUACUCAACUUGCGCCAUUGCAAAACCAUACUUUGGGAAACAAUUUGACAAUUCAAAACAGUGCAAUGAUGCUUCCACCUCUUCAAGGAAUGCAGAAUCCUCCCCAGCUAGGACAGCAGGGAUUAUAUGACAUACAUCAACACCCUGGGACUCCAAUGCAGGCCAUGAAUGGUAUUGGGAAAAGUGCAGAACACCUCAUGUAUCUGAGUCAAGCUGGAAUGCUUGCACCGGGGACUAACCAGUUCCUGCAGCAAGGCCAAAAUCAGCUCGGGCUAACUCCUGUUGCAGCCAUCAGAAACCAGAUUGCACCUGCUGCAAAAAAACUGUGGGACAAAGGUCCUGGCGCUGGCGGUGACAGCAAAGGCCCACCGCACCUUCCUCCACUGCAACUCAACCCCGAGCAGAUGUGGCGAGACCCCACAUGGUCUGCACAAGCAGUGGAACACAAUGUUGGAGUGCCUAUGAUGAGCACACGCCGCGGUGUUACCGCUUUUCAAGGUGGUGAUGCUGGCAGUAUUUUGUCGCCGCGAGAUACAGCCGGCCUUGGAGUCAAGAUGGUUGAAUAUGUAUUGGGAGGAUCUCCGACAGAAGCUGGAGGAGUGGCUACCGGUGGUGGUGGUGAGAAAGUGGCUGGCGUCGUGGCCGGCUUGCGCGGAAUGGUCCUGGAAGAGCGUCCUGAAGAUAAAUCGGCUUCUCCAUUUGAGAAAGACCUUCAUGAACUUCAUGAACAUGGACCUCUGCCUAACGGGCUUCAUAAUGGUCAAGAAGAUGACAAAGCUUUCAACCGCACGCCGGGCUCGCGGCAGCCGUCGCCGGCGGAGGAGGAGGCGGGCGCGGUGCGCAACGGGGACGCCGCCGCCUUCCCGCUGCUGCCGCCGCACCACCUGCAGCAGCCGCCGCUGCACCACCUGCCGCACCUCACGCACCCGCAGGUGAGACAAGGGGACGCUGACCGCGCCGCUUCCAGCCGCACGCCGGGCUCGCGGCAGCCGUCGCCGGCGGAGGAGGAGGCGGGCGCGGUGCGCAACGGGGACGCCGCCGCCUUCCCGCUGCUGCCGCCGCACCACCUGCAGCAGCCGCCGCUGCACCACCUGCCGCACCUCACGCACCCGCAGCCACACCCUGGAAUGUUGGGAGUUGCUCCUCUGCAAGGACUACCACACCCACAACAUCCACAAAUUCAUCCAGGAAUGACUCUGAACGACUCCAUGAAUCAACACAUCGAACUUGUAUUACAAAUGGAACAACAUCCACAAUUCGACAACAACAGUUUUGCAAGUACACAGCAAUACGGCGGCGUGGGCGGGGUGGGAGGCGUGGGCGGCGGCGUGGGUGGCGUGGGCGGCGUGGGCAACGCCGGCGGCGGCGUGACGGCGGCCGCCAACCUCGUCAACGGCGCCGCCGUCGUGCAGUCCGCGCCCGACUCGCAUCAGCAACAUCAACCCUUCGAUGUGCAGCAAUUAUUCCGGUCACAGCAGGCCGCGGCCGCAGGCGGUCAAGCAGCGGCAGCACAAUUACAACUAUUACAACAACAGCAACAACAACAGUUCCAAUUACAACAACAGUUGGCCGCGCAACAGGCCUUCACCCAGGCUCCGUAUGUUAUUAAUGCCGGCCAAGAGGGCGCGCCCUACGUCAGUGCGUUGAUAGCGGGAGUGCCGCCGUACUAUGGCGUGGCGGCUCCGUGGGGCGUGUACCCCGGGCUGGUGGCGCAGCCGGCGCAGCAACAAGCGCAACAGCCGAGAAGGCCGCUGACGCCCCAGCAGGGCGAGCAGCAGGUGAACGGACAGGGACAAUACGUGAUUCCGUACUACGACCCCGGCUCGCUGGUGAUGGGCGGGCGCAACGGCACGCCGCUGCGGCUGGUGUCGCCGGGCGGCGUGCUGGCGCCGCGCCAGUACCAGCCCGCGCCCGCGCACCCCGCCGCCUCCGCCGCGCCGCCCACCGCCGCGCAGCCGCAGCCGCAGCAGCCGCAGCCUGGUGAGCAACCCUACCGUGCCCGCACGUUGCUGCACGCUCACUCACUGACAUUAUAAUAACCAUUCAUGCGGUCUCAUUACUGCCCAACGACAUAUUUGGUUGCUUUUGAUUUACAGGAACAUGUACAAAGACAUUUCACAAAUGUACGUUUAAAUUUUAAGGAAAUAACAAAUAUUAAGACGUGCGUGUCACAUCACAUCACAUCACGCCACAACUAGCACUAGCCGUAAAAUUAAUCAAGGCACCUUAUAACUUUCCCUUUAAUUUAUCUGACAUUCUUUGUCUUACUAAAAAUACGUAAGACAUUUUGUAAUCAUAUAGUUUUUAAAAUUAAGCCGGUAUUAUUUAUGAAGUGGCACAAAUCUUUCAUACACACAAAAUUUGCGCACAAUAUUAGGACUUUCUCAUAUAGAGCUUAAAAGAAAAUUAAAGUAUUAUUUUAUUAGUGUGGCCACGAGCUCAUAGAUGAGUUGCAUAAAAAUGUAGAGAAAGUCCAUUAGUUAUUGCUGUAAAUUUUUGUAAUGUCGUCAUAGUCGUUAAUUUGUUAGUUAAUCAGGCUUGAAAACGAUAUGAAAAACGAUUUUAGAUUUAUUGAGCUAGUGGCAGAUUCGUUAGUCAAGAAAUGUCUUAACUUUGUGUGGAAAAUUAUUUAGUGUCCAGAUUUUUUGAUCGCCAGUGUAUUUUGCAUUUUAUUUAACUCCUAAUAUUUUGCUAGCAAGUCCCAAUGACCAUAACCAAAAGAAAACUUAAUUUGAAUUACUAUCGGACCUGAGAUAUCAUAAUUGCACAGACCUUACAUUGCUUUUAAGUUAAUACUGUCGUUACAAUCAAAACAUGCGCUAUAAAAUAAUUAUUUGUAAGUAGUGAGUUGUGGGAGUUAAUUCAUUGAUGUAUAAAUGUGUUAGUGUUAGUAUUGUCAAUUAACAAAAACUAAGGAAUAACCGAUAUGCAUGAAUGGAGAGCUUAAAUCAAUUAAUGCAAUUAAAAGCAGUAUUGAGUAUGAAGUGAAAACAAAUAGUAUUUAACUUACCUAUAAUAAUAAUGUAGAUUGAUUUAUAGUAUUUUUCCAUGACCAGUCAGUAUUCGCAUGAUGUUUUGGUAUACAGUCGUACGAUGCAUAAAUUAAAGAUAGCUAUGUUUUUACUCGUAUUGCUUGUUUUUUACCGUUAACAACUCAUUUUAUAAUCAUUACUAUGUUCGAAUAAUGUAGUUACAGAUUUUUUAUUAAUAUUUACAUAUGUAUAUAUUUUACAACAUUCAUAUUCUAUUUAAAACUUACCGAGAUAUUUUCAAAACUAUAUUACAAAGCUCCUUAUUACAUUCACGUCGAUGUGUGUACAAGAUGCCUAUACGUUAAAAAUCUGUGGUUCUACAGCGAGCCAAUGCAAAUAUUUGAUGAAAUAGGUUGCGAUUGCUAUCCAUUGCAGCAAACAUUUGGGUUUUCGUUGUUAUCCAUUGGAGAAAAAUACGGAUAUAUCUACUAAUUGAUUGUACGAGGUUAGUUCCACAUAGAUUCUUACUACCUUUACCAAUCGCAUAUACCUACGGAUAACGUUAAAUAUGGAUAGAGUAAUUCCAUCAAACGUCUAUGGUGCGUUCUGCAGAACGAAGUUCAAACCUUAAUGCAAUGUCAAGCAAAGAUUACACCAACUCGAGUUGUAGAGCGUUUCUUUGUAUUACGGACUUAAUAAGCUGUCUGCUCUGAAGAUGUAUUGCUUUUAUUUGUUUUCAUUAAUUUAUUGUAAAAAAGUGAUAUUAAGUGUUAUUGUGCAAUCAGUUAUGAAUGUUUCCAUUGCGCUCUAUCUGUCUAUUAAUGAGGAAUUUCAUAUUUAUAGCAGACAGUUUAAAUUCUCGUGUUGUUUUAACAUUUUGACAACUGCAGCAUGCGUAUAAAUAUUUAUUUGAUGCAUUAUGUUGCAGACCUCGCUUCGUUCAAUUACAAACAUAAACUGCAUGUUCACAUCUUAAGGAUCUUGUUUAAAGGGGUUUGCUCUUCAGGGGUAGAAUUAAUUUAAGGGUAAUAAUACCGCAAAUUUUGCAUAAAUGUACAUGUGGAUUGCGAUUCUGAUAUAGGUACUGCGUAUAAACGAACCAAUUGAAUUAGACCAUACUAGGACACAACAAGGGAUAGGAUAAAAGUUUAGGAACAGAACAGUAUAGUUUCAAGAACCUUCUUGUGAAUUUGUAUGUUUCGAAAAAUAGUGUCCACUUUUCAAUUGACUAGUUUGGCUAUAACAUAAGCAUACUACCCAUAUUCACUCGUCUUGUUUACGGUCAACUUGUUAUAAUAAUUUCUUGAUAGUACAGUCUAAACAAUCCAAAUAAUGUCGUUAAAUUAAGUUACUAGUGUUACGGAAAAAAUAAGGAUCUUGAUUAAUAUUUUUCUUCCCAAGACGAUGCAGAGAGGUAGAUAUGUGGCUCAUCAAAUAUUUAGAAACUUAUAUGAUAGAUAAAUUGCAACCUAAUUACUUUUUAAUGGACAACUUUAGUUAGAACUGAGAAUUCAAACCAAUCACUUUAAUAAGUGAGACAUGUACCUAUUUGUGUCACUACACUCCGAUUAACAAAAUGACACAGUGUUAAAAAUAGAUUGUAUUUAUUUAUUAAAGUGUCUACGUAAAUAACUGCUGUUGUCGAUUGUAAAAAAAAUCUCUGUUUAUAAAACAUUCUAAAGAUUGCUUUCGUAAUAAUAUGUAUUACCUUUACCUUAACAUUUAUUCAUAACUAAUAAAUAAAUGCUGCGUUUGACCGUCGAACACUUUGACCUUGUGCUUAUUAAUGAGUUGUCAUGAGUAGAUUGCAUACAAAAUACUAACGUUUUGGGGCGUAUCGGAUCAAAAAA